CACUAACUUUUUAACCUUCCCCCUGCCAUACUAUAGAUAUCUAGGAUAAAAUGUUAACGAGUACUGUUUAUGUGUGUGUCUCUACCUGCCUUCACACAGAAAUAGCAUUAUUUGUCUAUUUGAAUCUAUGUGGUAUGGCAGUGACAGCAAUAUUUGUUCAGGCACGUUGUAGGAGAAUUACGGUAGCAACUGUGUUUCCUAGGAGUUCUGAGGAAUAAAGAGUUCCACAAACAGAAGCUUUGCAGUCUCUCUUUCAUUUGUUACCAGCAUAAGACUGUUACCGGUAAACUGACACUUAGUGGCUGGCAAAGGGCUGUAAACUGCUUGAAUUUAGGAAACUGUCCCUGUUUGUCUGAAAGGACUGACAGAAUGAAGACCCAGCCUCCAGUCGUGGAGGUAGUGCCUGAGAUUCUUGAAUAUAAAUUAGAGUACACGCCAGAUCUACGGUGUGAGAAGCAAACUGACUUGGUGCCUGUUUGCCAUGAAUGCAAAUCCUGCAUUUUGUCUUGGAAGGCCCUCUCUACCCGAGAAUGGUUUCUGCGAGCCAGUCAUGUUUCUCAGACGCAUUUUGUGGUAGGGAUCAUCAAGCGGUUCCAAAGCCAGGACCUCUUGAACUACACCUGGAACCUUUUACAGUCUACAAAUACUAAGGAUUUCACCUAUUCCCGCUCCUGCGUCAGACCCAUCUCCGCAGUCUCUUCCAGCUUGGAUCGGGCGCUAGAUCUGCAAAAAUUGAACCAGUCCAUGGAGGACCUCUGGAAAUGGUUCCUCCAUGCCGAUUUCUGGACCAAAGCAAAUUAUAUGUUGCUUUUGCUGCAAAUGUGUGACUCACAACUGUUGCUGACGGCUGCUAAUCUGAUUCGUAUUUUGUUAUGCCAAGAUGAGACAUUCAAAAAGGAGGAAUCAGCCCUGGGCAAUGAGGAAUUUUUAACUUAUUCAAAGGCACAAGAGAAGUCUACUUCCCAGGAUGCGGAUCAUCUUACAUUUAUUGAUUUUUCAUCAGAUCAUCUACAUUUGCAAAAGGCUUGGUCCAAAGACUCUGAUGAGCUCUCUGGAGACAUAUCUGAGGGCACAGGUGAUAAUGACACUUUCUUUUCGGUUAUAUUGAAUGUCACAAGCCCUAUGCCUGCCUCUUCCCAGAAGUACCCCAAUAAUGCAGAGUUCAAGGACUUCAUUCGCUGCCUGCCCAUCCACCUAUCAAAGCGCAUCUUGUAUAUGCUGGAUCAGAAAUCUCUAAACAGAUGUUCCCUUGUGAGUCUACACUGGAACUUUCUGGUCACCCAAAUUAAGAGGGAUGUCGUAACUAAUCGUGCCCUUCGAAAUCGGACUGCAAUCUUUCAGGGCUUGUGUCCUAAGAGAGCAAUUGGCAACUAUGCCAAAAUAGUCACAGUUGCUAUUCCUAAGUUCGAUCAAGAUGGUGAUAUUAUCCCAGUCAGAGGCAAGAGCAAGUUGUACUCAAAUGAAUUUCGGCACUUGCAGAAAGCCUACCAUGGUCAAGAGACAGACAGUAUAAAGUUAGAAGAAAGGAAUGUCUUCUGCAGCAGCUAUAACAUUCGUCUUCUAAUAGACAGUUUGGAUCCAAACAGAGUAGUUCAUUAUACUGGUGGCAAAUUGUUAGCCAUUGGUUCUUCAGAUCGAAAAAUCCGUUUUCUGAAUGUGACAAACUUGAAGUCUGUCCCACUUCUUAUUUGUGGGCAUGCUGGUAGCAUCCGGGCUCUCUACAUCAAUGAACAGCAAGGGUUCCUUCUGAGUGGCAGCUAUGAUCUCAGCAUCCGAAUGUGGAAUAUCCUCCUUGGAACAUGUGUGAAAAUUUUUAAUGGACACUCAGGAAGCAUCACUUGCUUGGAUGUCUAUAAGAAAAGAUUUGUUUCCGGAUCUAGAGACUGCACAGCAAAAAUGUGGGAUAUUAAUACUGGGAAAUGUAUCAAGACUUUUGGGCAUAAAGGUAUUGUUUGGGCUGCUAAAAUGAAUGAGACUCAUGUUGUGAGUUCCUGUAACCAGGGUGUAGUGAAAGUGUGGCAUGCCCAGACAUUUAUAUUGAUCAAGACUUUGGAAGGCCACCGAGGUCCUGUGAAAAGCUUGUCAUUUGAUGAAUGGCACCUUGUAUCAGGGAGCAAUGAUGGGUAUGUCUUGGGAUGGAGCAUGUUGGGAAAACACAAUAGAUGCCUGAUGGCAUUCAAACACCCCAUGGAAGUGCUAUAUCUGGGAUUUCUCUAUCUGAGAAUCAUCAGCGGCUGUGCUGAUGGGAAGAUACGCAUCUUUAAUUUCUUGACUGGGACCUGUCUGAGGAUUAUGAGAGCCAAUAGCAGAGGUGACCCUGUGUUGUCCAUCUGUAUUUCAGAAAACAAAUUACUGAUCAAUGCAAAAGGCAGUGUUGUCUUGUUCCAGUUUGAGGAGGUGGAGUGGGACCACACACACCCUACUGAUCGAAUAAUAAAAAUAAAAGACAAGAGCAAAGUUGAAGAUGUAUCCCUUCGAAGUAAGCCACCUCUGCAUUCACAUUCUGAGCGGCAAAAACAAGCCAAGAAGAACAUUUGGAAGCUGUACAGAACAGAAAGGGAUGUCGCAAUGCUUUCUCAGAAACCCACAAAAUGCUCGGACACUCCUCCAGAUCUUCAGUAUGAAAUGAUGAAAACACCUCCUCCCAGAGUAAGGGGACGUACGUUAGCCUUGGGUAUCAGUUCAUCAGAGAAACAAAAGAUCUCUUUCUUUGCCAGGACAUUCCAGUGUCCAGAAUCUACAGCAUCUCUAAAAGUUUCUUCGGCUCAAAUAAGGAAGGAGUAUCCUGUCUGUGCCACCUUUGGCUAUAAUGCUGAGGCGUUCAUUAAGUAUGUGAAACAGAAACGUCCUCUUGGGCCCAUAACUAAAGACCAGCUACUCCUCACCCUCAGCACACUGCAUCAUGCCUACAAGACCGACCAAAUCAGUGCCAACAUGGCCCACAAUAUGCAAAUCAAGGAUGCCUGGGGUCCCAACCACCUCGAGAAAAAAAGAUCCUUAAAGAUUCAGAUUCCCCAAAGUGGAAAACAAGAGAAAACUAUUCCUUCCACCAAGGUGGAAGACCUAAAGCCUGCUGGCGGCACUGUGGGAAUGGAAAGGAUUUCCACACCUUAUGAAACUAAAACUCUGCAGCUCAACUUGAAGAACUCUUUGUUUGCAGGUACUGUCAAGUCCUUCAUUCCUACUCCCACCAUUACCCGCUCCAAGUCAUGUACCAGCUUGUCGGGAGAAAAGAAAGUGUGUGCAGGCCGUGCCAAGGUCCCUUCUCCACCUGGUGUUGGGGGGCAGCUCAUUGGCCAUUUUAUAACCACAUGUGACUCCAUUAAAAUACCACGGAUGAAGAUUGGCCAGCCUAAUGCAGAAACAAGUUCACGGCGAGGAAAACUCUUAUACACGUACACACCAAAUCCUUACCGAAUGAAUACUGGAUUCAGGCUUUUGACCACACAACAGAUGAAAGAGUAUGAAGAAGCAAAGCUAUCUGAGUAUCAGGCAAACAAAACAAAGGUUAUAGCAAACAGAGAAAAGGAAUGCAGGAGUGCCUGGUUAAGAAAAAUUAAAGGACUUCCCAUAGAUGACUUUACAAAAGAAAACAAAGUGGCUGCCCCUGAAUUGGGAGAGAAUGUUUUCAUCUGAGCACAGCUUUUCAAAGUUUCAACCACCCCAGACAAGUAAGAACAAAAUAAAUCUACUGCUAGAAGGUUUGAGGCUGUUUAUACAUUUGCCCUGUGCUUUAUCUUCCUUUCAGGUGACUGUGACAAAUCAAAACUAAUGAUUCACACCUUUGAAGAGUCGACAGGUGGCACACUAGAGUACAUCUGGAUGAGGGGCUGAAAACAAACAUUCUAGUUCACAAAUAUAUACACUUGUAAAAUACUCCAUGGAGAAAACUUUAUUAGCAUGACAGUACACCGAUUCUGUUUUUAAGCUUUUCUCCAGAGGGUAUAUAACAAAUAUGUCAAAAUAUGGAGCGAAAAAGACAACUCCUAGGUGUCUGACCGCCACCAAAAUAAUAUAGGUUCUUUAAAUAAAGUACCCUGCAACAAUGGCAGUAUCUAUGCUUUGUGUUGACCUUGCUUUUAAAAUAAUGUUUUGCUUUAUAUUUGAAUCAGAUUCUUAGUGGCAAAUAUAAAAUGGGCUUUUAUGACUAGUCCAUCUCCAUUCCACAGCUCCCACUGAAAUAUAUCCCUUAAGAACAGACUUGUAGGCUGGUUGAGCGGAGUUUUCUUAUCCUCCUUCUUAGGAGGUUCAGCAGAUUGAUUGUCUAGAUGUGAUACAAUAGUGAUUCAGAUAUUCGUCUUCAAGCCCUGCCUUGUGUACAGUCUGCACAAUCUAGGAGAAGUUAGCAAUUAAGGGAAUAUCUUCUGUCCCAUUUGAAAGAAGACAAGUCAAACGACUCUUUAUCUAACCAGAAAACGAAAAGUCAUUAAUGAAUCCAUAAAUAAUUAAUUCGAUGGAGUGAAGAAGCAUUAGAGAAAAUGAUCAGGGUUUGGGUUUUUGUUUCGUUUUUUGUUUGCUAAAUUGAGAAUGGCACAUACAACAUGCUUUCUAGACUUCCUUUUUCUGCCAUUUUAAAACAAUGUUUUAGCAUGAUUUCAUUGUUGUGUAUGCUUACAGAUUUGGAAUAAACAAUUUGGUUUUCAUUGA